CGGAUUGACUCGGAUUGACAGAUGCAAUUUGUAUUUGAGGUUAGUUAGUUUUUGUAGUUAAAAUUUGUAUUUAGCUUAGUAAUUAUUAUUUAUUGCUUCUCAUUUAUUUUAAACAUUAUCUGCUAAAAUGAGCAUUUAAAUUUAUCAAUUAUCUAAAUGUGAUAAAAGUUGAUGUUAUCGCAAUACAAAUGGCGAUGGAACGAGAAAGACGAACAAAUGCUGGUAACAGACUUGCAAAAGUAUUGGAUGAGUAUGAAGAAGACGAUUUCUACAAAACUACUUAUGGAGGCUUUGAAGAAAUAGAAAACGAUGUUGACUAUCAGUCUGAAGAGGAAGGUGAGGAUGAGGUUGAUUCUGAUUUUAGUAUAGAGGAAAAUGAUGAACCGAAAUCUGAUGUUGAAGAAGAUGAAGGUAAAUCAAAGCGAGGAAAAUUGGUCACUAAAGCUUAUAAGGAACCAAAACCUGCUAAAAAAGUUGAAAGAAAGCCAAAAAUAGUUGAAGAGAAGAAUGAAAAAAAGAAAGAACGUGGCCAAUCAGAAAUCAUCGCACCGGGUGACCACUCAGAGAGGAAAUCUACUCGACAAUCCACAUUGGUGAAAUCAGCAGAGACAGCCAGACGAGUCAAAGAGAGAACUGAGCGUGGCAGAAAAAAGACGAGAAAACUGAAAGAAGAAGAACAUCUAACUCAAGAACAAUUACUGGAAGAGGCUAAAAUCACUGAAAUAGAGAACUUGAAAUCCUUGGAAAAAUAUCAGAAAAUGGAGUUAGAGAGGAAGAAAAAUAAAUGUAUGAAGAAAAAUACUGUAGGAGAAUCAUACAUCCGUUAUCAUUCAGUUGCUAUGCCUUUGGUGGAGGAGAUAUCUAGCAGCAAUAACGAAAACGAUGUAAUAAAAUCUGAAAAUGAUGAUGGAGAUGAAAAAUCUUCCAAAGACACCGGUGCCAAGUGCGAGAGAACUUUCAUCACUUUCAGUAAACCGGAAAUAUUUGAAAAAUACUUUCCAAAGAGAGAUCCACCAAAGCCCCAUGUUCCAAACUAUUGCACUAUCACACGGCAACCAGCCAAGUAUUUGGACCCAGUGACACAAUUGCCGUACGCAAACAUGCAUGCGUUUCGUGUUCUGAGAGAGGCCUACUACCAGCAGCUGGAGCUCAAAGGAGACAAAAGCAAACCUGAGAUAGCCGCCUGGCUCGAAUGGAGGCAGAGCAACAAACAGCCAGCACUCAAUCGAAUCAAAAUCGAUCCGUCCACUUUACAUUUAAAAACGGCACCAUCCACUUCAGCUUCUUGAAACAUGUCCAACUGUAUACCAAGGACUCAACAGUGCAAUUUAAUGGCUAUACCGUCAGGUUGAUUUAUGUCUCUUGUAAUGAUAAACCUAGCAUCUUGAAGACAUGCUAUUUAAAAGUGGAGAAAGAUUCAUAUGAAACUAAUAAAUACAAUUUUCAUGAAAUGAAAUUAUUUUGAAAUACUAAAUAUUAACGAAAAUAAAAACUGAAAAUCAAAA